CAACAAAGCUAUCUAAAAAAGCUUAUAAUUUGGGUCAAUAUGGAGGAGAUGACAAUAAUAAGAAAGAUUAUAACCAAUAUGAACAAAAAUUAGAUUAUAUAAUCAGAUUUGAUAGAAAAUGA